AUUAUUAUGACGAAAUAUGACUAAUCAGUGUGGCUUACAAAUAAAGCGCAGUAAUGCUCUAUGAUAUUCUCUCUGAGUAUAACUCAUAAAUGUAAAGAAGCGUUAACGAAAAAUUAUUGAAGUCCGGGCGAGACAAUUAGGGUAUGAAUGGUUGUGGCUGUGCAUUUACAAGGAAACGAUUCCAAGACUUGGAAACUAAUAUCGGUUCCUUUGGAUUUGAGAUUUGGAUUUGGUAUCGAUUCUUUCGCCUUUGGGAUUUGGAUAUGCCAAUAUGGAAUCGAUUCUUUCAGCUUUGGGACUUGGAUAUACCGAUAUGCAUGGACCCAGAUAUGCAGAUAUCAACAUGGUAUACGGUUCUUUGA